CGAGGAGAGCGAGGAGGAAGAGAGAGGUGGGUCCCGCCGGCCCUGCGAGGCAGUGCUGGUCCUUGUCCCCCGGGGCCUGUGCGCAGGCCGCAGGGCCAGCACCCCCAGGGCCAGGCUGGGUGACCAGCGCCUCCCGGAGCCUCGGCAGCAGUGGACUUGGCAGAAAGCUCCUUGCUGAACAAGCUGAUCCACACGUCCCUCGUGGAGUCCAGCCAUCACGUGGAGAUCCUGCAGCAGGACCCCAGCUCGCCUCUCUUCUCCGUGAAAACCUUUGAAGAGCUGCGCCUGAAGAAGGAGCUCUUGCAGGGGGUUUACGCCAUGGGCUUCAACAGGCCGUCCAAAAUCCAGGAGACGGCUCUGCCGAUGAUGCUGGCACAUCCGCCCCAAAAUCUGAUUGCACAGAGCCAGUCAGGGACAGGGAAAACGGCAGCUUUUGUGUUGGCGAUGCUGAGCAGAGUUAAUGGUGCUGAGAGGUACCCGCAGUGCCUCUGCUUGGCUCCAACCUACGAGCUGGCCCUGCAGAUUGGACAUGUGAUCGAGAAGAUGGGGCAGUUUUGUGCCGACAUCAGGGUUACAUAUGCUGUCCAGGGAAACAGAGUUCUGCCAGGCGCCAUGCUGGAGGAGCAGAUUGUCAUCGGGACUCCUGGGACAAUGCUGGACUGGUGUUUCAAACGGAGAGUGGUGAAUAUGAAGAGAAUCAGCCUGUUUGUGCUGGAUGAAGCUGACGUAAUGAUCGACCAUCAGGGCUUCUCGUACCAAAGCAUUCGCAUUCAGAGGGCUUUACCUAGGGGCUGCCAAAUGCUGCUUUUCUCCGCAACCUUCAAGGAAACGGUGUGGAAUUUUGCAAUGCAAAUUGUCUCCAACCCCAUCAUAAUAAAGCUCCGUCAGGAAGAGCUCACCCUGAGCAAUAUCAGGCAGUACUACUUUGUGUGCAGGAACAGAGAGGAGAAGUACGAGGCCCUGUGCAACAUCUACAGCAGCAUCACCGUUGGCCAGGCUAUGAUAUUCUGCCAGACUCGCAGGAGUGCGGACUGGCUGUCGGUGGAGAUGAGCAAGGAUGGGCACAAGGUCGCCAUGCUGACGGCAGAGUUGACCAUAGUGCAGAGGGCCAAUGUGAUUCAGAGAUUCCGCGAUGGGAAGGAGAAGGUCCUCAUCACCACGAACGUCUGUGCUAGAGGGAUUGAUGUGGCACAAGUCACCAUAGUGGUGAACUUCAGCCUCCCUGUUAAUCAGCAGAAACAGCUGGAUUUUGAGACCUACUUGCACCGCAUUGGGCGAACGGGCCGCUUUGGGAAGAAGGGCAUUGCCUUCAACAUGGUGGAAAGGCAGACCACGUACCUCGUGCACAGUAUAGAGGAGCAUUUCCAGAGCGAGAUCAAGAGGCUUGACCCAGAUGACAUGGAUGAGCUGGAGCAGCUGGACAACUGAGCAAAAUGUCAGGAUUUGCUCCAGUGAAUCCAAGUUUUGGUUUAACGUGGAUGGGAAAUGGAUGGGAAAAUUUCCCAGUUUUCUUCAAAGUUCCCGAAGAUGCUUGGUUUUGUUGUGAUGUUUUACAAGAUGGGAAGAUGAGAGGGGAGCGGGGGGAGAGUUGGGGGGAAGACACACACGACCCUCAGCCCUCAAAAUUUUGGAAUUCUUGUGAUUGUUUUUCUGGAAAUAAAACUUGCUUGGUUUGUCUC